AGAGCACGAGCCAACCCCCACAAGUGGUACUUCACCUCGAUUCUUAUAAAAAAAAAAAUUAAGAGAGAUAUGGUGUUAAAGAUGUCGGAAUCAGCUAAGCCCUACUUUGCAAUGGUAUGCCUCCAAUUCGGAUAUGCUGGCAUGAACCUCGUUACCAAGGUUGUGCUCGACGGCGGCAUGAACCAUUUCGUCCUUGUGGCUUAUCGUAAUGCCUUUGCCACGGCCGCUAUAGCGCCUUUUGCUCUUCUCUCGAAGAGGAAAGUGAGGCCAAAGAUGACGUUCCCGAUAUUCAUGCAAAUAUUUCUACUAGCGCUUCUUGGGCCUGUGAUCGAUCAGAACCUGUAUUACGCUGGACUUAGACUCACCUCACCGACUUUUGCCGGCGCCGUUACCAGCAUCGUGCCCGCUUUGACAUUUAUCAUUUCCAUAAUUUUCAGGACGGAGAAGGUGGAGCUGAGAAAAGUAAGAUUCCACGCAAAAGUGGUGGGGACAUUAGUGAUAGUGGUUGGAGCCAUGUUGGUGAUUUUAUUCAAAAGUCCUCUAAUCAACUUUCUCCGGUCUCACCUCAUCCGCGAAGCUUCGUCGUCCGCCGGCGAAGACUACCUCAGGGCCACCGUCUUCCUCCUCAUCGCUUCGUUUUCUUGGGCUUCCUUCUUCGUUCUUCAGGCAGCUACGUUGAAGAGAUACUCAUCUCAUCUUUCAUUAUCGACGAUGGUUUGCUUCUUGGGAACCUUACAAUCCACAUCCCUAGCGUUUGUGAUGGAACCAAACCUUUCUGCAUGGAACAUUGCCUUCGACAUGAACCUUCUAGCUUCUGCUUAUGCGGGUAUAAUGUCGUCCAGCAUAGCGUAUUACGUGCAAGGGAUGAUGACGAAACAAAAGAGCGUUGUCUUUGUCACUGCCUUUAACCCUCUUAUUGUCAUAAUUGUAUCCAUAAUUAACUUCAUUAUCCUCGGCCAGAGAUUAUACCUUGGCGGGAUUCUUGGAAUGGUGAUACUAAUGGUGGGAGUCUGUGCGGUUCUGUGGGGAAAGGAAGGUGAUGAAGAAGAGAACAUUGAGGAAAAAUUUGUAGAAGUUAUAAAAUGUUGUAAAGAUUGCGGAAACAAUAGUCUCUCGAUGCCAAGAAUUGAUGAGGAAGUAGAUGUUGAAAUGCAAUCUACCAAGAAAGAUAAGACGGUGGUGGAUUUGUUGUAGUUCUCGUGAGUAGAAAAAUGUUCACGAGCUUAAUAGAUGUUUUAAAUCUUAUAUUUUUGUUAGAUAGAGGAGCAACUUUCUCUGUUCUAUAUUCUGCUCCAACCUCUUGGGUUUAGGUUUUGUUUUAUAAUCUUCUUGUUUAUAGUAGAGUAAUUAUGAUUAAAUAAA